GGGAUGCUUAAUCCUUCGCGCAGGCGCGGGGAUCCAUCAGCAUCCUCUGAGGGCUCCUUCCAUCGUCCCUCCAAACUACAUUUCCCAGAAGCUUUCGUGGCCUAGCUCGUCUCUCUUUUUUUUUUCCUCUUUUCUCCCGACUACAUUUCCCAGAAAGAAUUGCAGCCGCCACCGUCCUCGAUGUACUGAGUCUAAACCUAUUGCCGCUCCCGGAGUCCUUUGCAGCUGACGGCGACGACUACAUUUCCCAGGAGCCUCAGCUGCACCGCCCACCGGAAGCGGCGGGCGAAUUGCGUGUCCUUGCGCGGGGAGUGAGCCCAGAGACUGAUCAUGGUGGCUCGAGUGUGGUCGCUAAUGAGGUUCCUCAUCAAGGGCAGCGUGGCAGGGGGAGCAGUCUACCUUGUCUAUGACCAGGAGCUGCUGGGGCCCAGUGACAAGAGCGAGGCUGCCCUUCGGAAGGCCGAGGAGGUGGUGCCACCAGCAAUGUACCAGUUCAGCCAGUACGUGUGCCAGCAGACGGGUCUGGAGAUGCCACAGCUCCCAGCCCCUCCACAGAUUAACUUCCCGAACUUCCGUGACUCCUGGAACUCAGGCAUCAUCUCCGUCAUGGCAGCUUUGUCCGUGGCCCCCUCCAAGGCCCGAGAAUACUCCAAGGAGGGCUGGGAGUACGUGAAAGAACACAGCAAGUAACGGAUGCCACCGGCCCCAGCGUUCCUGGGGAGUGAGACCAGGAUGCCGCAGACUCGACCACAUGGGGACCCCACUCUGAGGGCAGCUUCCAGCAUUGCUGGUCCAAUAAAGGACUUGGGAAUGGUC